AUGGAUAUCGAAACUUAUAUUACCAAUCAGUUUUCUCUUUUCAAGAGAUUCUGUGAUGAAAUCGUCACACUAACCAAUUUCGAAUCUAGAGAGUAUACAAUCGCUCUAGGUUUGAUUGCGUUCAACCCAAUCUUCUGGAACGUCGUUGCCAGAUUGGAACACAGCACCCAUUUCUUGACUAAGAUCGCUGGUUCCGCUAAGAGAGGAUGUUAUUUCCUAGCAGCUACAAUUUUCUCCUUGGGUAUCAUCAGAGACUAUUUCUAUGAAUCUGCAUUGCGCCAACAACCAGUCAGUGCCAUGAUGACUGGUGACAAAUUUACCUAUGUCGGUAUCGCAUAUAUCGCAUUUGGUCAAUUGCUGGUUUUAAGCUCUAUGUACCAGUUGGGGAUCACCGGUACUUAUCUAGGUGAUUAUUUCGGUAUUCUAAUGGACCACCGUGUGACCAGCUUCCCAUUCAACUAUUUCGAUAAUCCAAUGUACCAAGGUUCUACUUUCACUUUCCUUGGUUACGCAUUGUACAACGGUAAACCUGCUGGUUUGAUUGCCACUUUGGUUGUUCACGUGAUGUACAACAUCGCAUUAAGAUUCGAAGAGCCAUUCACUGCCAAGAUUUAUGCCAAGCGUGCAGCUGAAGAUGCUAACAAGAAGGGCAAUUGA